AUGGCGAACAGUUGUGACUUGAUGCUUUUUAUAAACCAUUGUGGGCAGUUGGUAAAGGUUGGAAAUGAUUAUGAGUAUUAUGGACCUUCAAGAUAUGGAUUUGACAAAGAUAGAUUUGGUUAUUUUGAUUUAUUAGAAGAAGUUCAAAAAUUAGGGUACACUAAAGGAGAGAAACUGUAUUAUAGGGUUUACAACAGUAGAAAGUAUGUUCACAUGCACAAUGAUGAGGGUGUCAUGGAAAUGCUUUCUAGGAUGGAACCUGGCAAACAUUAUGUUCAAGUAUAUGUUGAUUCUGGUUCCACAAAUGAAAGUAGAGGUGAUGAUAAGCAAAAAGGCAUAGCAGAUGUGCAACAAGCAGCUGAUGAUAAUGUUUGUGAGGAUAGCACAGAUGAGGAUUAUAUUGUGGAAGAAAGUUCUGAAUCAGAUGGUCUCAGUUUAGAUGAAAUAGAAAGUUGUGAAUUAGAUGCACUUGGUCAACUUAGUGGAGAAGAAUUGGAUCAGUUUAUUGAUAAUUUUCAUGAGGACAGCACAGAUGAGGAGUAUGUUCCAGAAGAAGAAAGUUCAGAAUCAGAUGGACUUAAUUCCAGUGAAUUAGGAACUGAUGAUGAAGAAUACUUUGAAGCAAGGAGAAAAGAGUUGAAUCCAAAAAAGUUGCAGAUGAAAAAACUGAAAAUUUCACAUUAUCUUCUGAAAAGGGGUGGGGUUCCACAAAUGAAA